GCGGGCGGGAUUUUGUUGAGGUACGUGAAUCUGCCGCCGGUAGCUCGAAGCGGCUCGAAAGAACCAAACAAAAAGAAACACUACUGAGAGCCGAGAGAGGAAAGCAGCCUAAAGGAUGUCCCAUGGACCAUGGGCCAAGCUGUUUGCAUCUGCUCUCGUGGGACAAUCACCAUCGAUAAUAAGCGUUAUUUCUUUAUCCAGAAGCUGGACGAAGGGGGUUUUAGCUACGUGGAUCUAGUGGAGAGCGUUCAAAACGGCCAGUUCUACGCCCUAAAGCGUAUCAUCUGCCAUGACAAAGAAGAUCGCAAGAAUGCUCUUAACGAGGUGGAGAUGCAUCAAAUGUUCAACCACCCGAACAUCCUGCAUUUGGAAGCACACUGCAUCAUGGACAAAGGUCCAAAGUGUGAGGGCUGGCUGCUGCUGCCUUAUAUUAAGAACGGCUCACUGUGGGCAGAGCUGGAAAAGCUCAGGGACACCAAUAGCUUCAUGUCUGAGGAACGGAUAUUGAAAAUUUUCCACGGGCUCUGCGGUGGACUCAAAGCCAUCCAUGACAAAGGCUAUGCGCACAGGGAUUUGAAACCCACCAAUGUUCUCUUAGAUGACAAUGAGCAACCUGUGCUGAUGGAUCUAGGAUCAAUGAAUAAGGCGAGGAUCGAGGUGAAAGGGUCUCGAGAAGCCAUGACAAUCCAGGACUGGGCAGCUCAGCGUUGCACCAUAUCAUACCGAGCUCCUGAACUCUUCAGUGUUUCGAGCCACUGCAUCAUAGAUGAGCGCACAGACAUUUGGUCCCUAGGCUGCGUGCUGUAUGCUAUGAUGUUCCUGGAAGGACCAUAUGACAGCAUCUUUCACAGGGGAGACUGUGUUGCCUUGGCCGUACAGAAUUCAAUAACCAUUCCAGAAAAUUGCAGGUACACUCAGGCCCUGCAACAUCUGCUAACCUCCACGAUGGUUACUAACCCCCAAGAGAGACCAAAUAUUACCUGGGUGUUGAAUCAGACUGAACAACUGCUGCCGAUAGAAGUCGUCCAGGAGACUAAAUCGAUCUGAUCUCGGCAGCAUAAACAGGAGUGGCUCGAUCUAUCCCUGAGAGCGCCUCAAGUUUAUUGGCUGUCAGACCUUGACGCUGUUGCACAAAAAAAACCAUAUAAAAUCCCAACGUCAGCAACUCUGGCAGUGGGAUAGAAUGGGACCUCAUUUUAUUAUUUUGUUCCUAGAUCUUAAGUGCUUGAUCUUUUUUAAUUUGGAAGAGGGGGAGAAAGAAUUGCACAUUUUUCUUCUUUCCAAAGGCAAUCGGCUGCUCAUUUUACUCCAUUAUCUCUUCCUGUGCUUUCCCAUGUUCAUGCAUUUGAAUCAAUCUUUACCCACCAAACCCAGAGGCACCUUCUCUCUUAUGUUGUGCUCUGUGAAGAACCUUGGAAAAUCCUGGGUAGUUUUACUUGUUUGAGGCAAAGGAGGAGGGAUGUUGGCUGGUAAAUUGUUCCUGAGUUUAUUUUAACGAGAGCAGUGAUUGCCAGUGCCUGAAGUGAUCAGUGUUCACCUCCUGCCUUCAGUCUGAUAGGAAAUGUCUUGUCAAUCCUCUUCCUCUGUAAGGAAGCCUAAUCCAAAUCUCAGUAACCAAGUGGUAGUGGAUAGCCAUGAUUCAUCACUUGUGUUUUAGUUUGCGCUGAACAUCCGGUAUUGUAUGGCAUGAUCUUGGCUGUAUUUGGUGACUGGCAAGAACGGAAAUUAUUGAGUAAUUUCCCCUAUCAGUCAGUGCUGUAAGUGCCUGGGGUUGAUUUUACGCCAAUAAUUCAGUAUCUAUCCUCCAUUCACUGCAUUUUGCUGGACAACUAAUCUCACACUGCCCGGGAGACGCUGUAUCCCGUAGCGUCAGUCAGGAAAUCAGAGGCUCUGAGGACCUGCCCCUGCUCCAACUCGUUGGCUGACACAGUGGUGUUAGUAUUCACCCUGCAUGUUCUUUUGUUCCGCAUCACCUCCAGCUUUGCUGUAUAGGGCUGCAGAAUUGACAAAGUGCUGGUGGACAGGUAGCCUUGUGCUGCUAACCUGCACAUUGACCACAGAAAGGGCAUUGGAUUUUUAAGAGAUAAGUCCUGUGCACCCACCUGCUCUGCCAUUUCCGUGUGUGUAAUUGAGGACUACCUUGAUAAUCAUAAAAAAAAUUCCAGCAGCUUGUGCAGAAAUCUUUUUAACCUGUCCCCUGCACUCCCCACCCCCACUCCACAGCUUGCAAUGCUUUUAAAAUAUGCCAUUCACACUGCAUGUUGGACAGCGGAUUGAUUUUAGUUAGAGCUUUAUACCUCACUGAUGCUGGUUUGGGAUUGUCAGGGAAGCGGGUUCGCCCUGACUAUGCUUUCCAGUGUUAUUCCUGUGAAAUUGUCCAGUGACACACAUGGUUGAACGUUCCGCAGUUCCAUAUAAAGUCUGGUUACCUCCCUUUUUACCUCACUCCACCCCAGAAACGAUAGAGUACCUUGCUUCUAUUGAGGACCAAAGUAGUGUAAGAAUAUUUGUUUGGUGACUGAUCAAGCUGAAAUCAACUCAGGCUGAGCAAACUGCUAAGAUGCCCUAAAACCACCCCCACCCACCAUCUCCCCCCCCGCCCCCCAUCAGACAAACAGGGAUGUGAAACAGCAGACCAGAAACAAACCAAAUAAAUGUUUUCUUCAGCGUCUCGUUGCCCUUUAGGGAAUUAUCGACACCUGUUCCAUCUCUGUGGCCAUUCCUUUCUGUGUCAGCUAAUUAAGACCCUUCCCUGCUGUUUCCCAAGCACCUAACUGUGCCUCCUCAAAAUGGACUAUCUUUAUUUGGAAAGAAAAAAUCAAACUGUCCAAUCACUAGCUUGUCACGUGAAGCUUCCUGCUCACUUCUGCAAAUGAAAGUGUGAACCCAGGAGACCUCUUUGUUUCAGUUCCUGGUCAGAACACCGGUCUCACACAAUACCGGCCGGAGAUAACUUUCCACUCCUCUAACCCUCGCAGUUGUAGCAAUUCUAAGCCACAAUAUUUGUGGUGAAUCUACAGAAAAUGGCAUCUGAAAUUGUUUUAAAAGGGGUAAAGAGACUUGAUUGAUUCCUGGGCUCAAUUUUUUUUUCAGUUUUUCUAACUAGUAAAGCUAGAAUUGGAUAAUUAAUUUGUUCCCCCCUUGACCCAACCUCCAACACUGCAAAAUAAAAUUAGUAAUGUUCAUCAGAUAAGAAUUUUAUUCAGAUGAUCACUUCUAUUCUUCUGUUUAUUUAUAACACAAAACAAAGUACUAUAAAUGCUGGAAACCUGAAAUUUAAGACAAAGUAAAAUGCUGGAACAAUAGUGGAGAGAGAAACGAGUUAGCUUUUCAGGUUGAUGACUGUUCAGCAGAGCUCAGAAGUGUUAGAGGUUGUUUAAGCAAGUACUGAGACAGACAAUAGAGGGGGAAGGUAAAGAAUAAAGGGAAAAGAGGAGUGAUAGGGUGGAUAUUAUUUUUAUUUUUAACCUACACCAUAGAAUAGUAUAGCACAGAAGGAGGCCAUUUAGCCCAUUGAAUCCCUGUCAGCUCUUUUGAAGAGCAGUCCAGUAAGUCCCACACUCCUUUUUCCCCACAACCCUGUAAUUUUUCCUCCUCCAAGUAUUUAUCCAGUUCCCCCUUUUGAAGGUUGCCAUUUGAACCUGUUUACCGGUCAGCUUAAAUCUGUGCCCUCGGGUUAUUAACCCUUCAGAUAUUAUAAACAGUUUUUCUUUACUUAACACCACCUAAACCCUUCAUGAUAUUAAACUUCUCUAUCAAACUGCCUCUAGGCCUUCUCUGCUUUAAGAAGGACAACAACCCCAGAAUAUAGUGAAGAUAAAAAGGGAAAACUUGAUUGCUGAAGUCCAAGCAGAAUGCUGGGUGAACAGCGAAGCUAUCGGAGACUGGUCAGCAUUUGAGAUUUGACCCAACAAAGUCGCACCCACUUUAUUAGACUUUCUCUUGAUCUGUGGAGUUGGGAGGGGCAGAAGAGGGAGUGGAAUAAAUUGGAUAAGUCUACCAAAGAGCUGGCACAGGCACGGUGGGGGCUGAAUGGCUUCCUUUUCUCCUGUGGAAAGUGGUACAUACAUUCAUGGUUAUUUAGCAAUAUUACAAUAGAACAUUUUUAGAAACCUGUUUGUAAAUCAAAAGCACCUGUGAAUAGGGAAAGAUCCAGAGAGAGAGAGAACAAGGGUAUGUUAAAUUGCUUUAUAUUUUCACUUUAACUUUCUGCUUUGCCUUUGUGAGGCUAGAAUCCGACCACACGAGAAAGGCCUGUGCAAUAUUACAACAUUUAGUGCAGUUAUUUAUCAAGAAUAUAUAUUUUUAAACAUGCUGCCAUAUGUCUAGUAAAGUACUUUACCAUUUGUUUGUGUUUGUUGCAUUUUGCUCUGCACAAAAUGACCACCACAUUUGCUUAUAUAACACUGCCUCUAAUUUAUUGUAGGAAACACGAGAUAUAAGACGCAAUAUAAAUUCUCUAGUUUCAGGUACAUCCAGGUUUGAUCAUCAUAAGUUCCCCAUAUUAGUUUGCUUCUAAUUUCACUCAUAGUCGCAACCUUAACUUCCCUUAAACUGAUUAACUUGAUGCAACAUUAAUGAACAUCUGUAUAGGACUUUGGUCUCAUUCUGUAGUUUAUGCUCCCAUCCAACCCACAGAUGCCUUGUGCUUUAUUGCACAGUUCCACCUAUGUUAUGUAUAACUUUAUGUAUAUAAUCACUGCAGUCCAGCUAUUGGGUUAUGUGCAUGUUUUAAAGAUACAACAAAUAGCUUUAAAUUGCCUGUUUAGCUCUGUGUGAUGUUUUGACUCUUCGCUGUAUCUUUUGUCGAUCUUACGGUGUGGAAAAUCUCCUCUUUCUCCUCCCCCCCCACCUCAUAUUUGAGAUUUGGUUUAUUCCCCUACCUGCAUCAUGUUUUAAAAGCAUGAACCAUGUUGUCAGGUGAAGUACAGGCAAAGUGAGGUGACAUGAUGACAAUGAAUUAGAGAUCCACACUGACAGUUGGCAUACGGAGCAGGUUGUUCCGAAGGCACCUGGUCGAGCAUUUGCAGAACAUUCCGACCAAAACGUUUCUCCUUUUACGUGCUUGCUAGAUUUGCUGUGUGAGUUAUUGAACGAAGACACUGAAGCUCUGAGGCGUGUUACUGGUGUAUGUGUGUGUGCAGUGUCUAUGUAUCUGGACCUUUGUCCAGAAUUACUUUCUCCUCAGGUUUUAACUCAUUUAAAACAAACGUGAUAAACGUUUGUACGUCGGUGUCCCAUAAUUUGGUGGCUGUUGUGCUUUACAGUGAACUGCUAAGCAAAUGUGUUUUACCUCAACUUAGGAAAUGAAAGGCUGAAUUGUUGGAAAAACUCCAAGGUGUGACAUGUAGAUUUUGGAUUCAUUGAUGUCUCUUUUACCAAGGCUGUGAUUUUCUUUUAACCUGUUGUAUCAUAAACUUAACUGGAUCUAUUGUGACUUAUGGCACAAUCUUCUGGAUUUGAGAUUAUACAUAUCUCACCUGUGAUAGAUUGAUAUUACAAAGGGGCCUUUGCUGAGCCAGAGCGCUGAGAAUAGCCCCCAGUGUCUUGGUAGUUUGAAAGUGAUCGGUAAUCAGUUUUUCCUCCCAGGUCUUGGGAUAAGGGCAUGAUUAUGGCACCCAAUCCUCGCCCCUCUAUCCCCUCCCUUUAUGGCGACCUUACCAUUACCUCCCUCACUGCAUAGCAGACCAAUUAUGUAAUCCUUGCCCUUGAACAGGACAGAUUAAACGUUUAUUUCCUUUU